UUUGUAAUAAGAGAUGAAAGAGUAUGGCAAUAAUAAACAAAAAAGAUAUGUUUUGGAUUAGUUUUAGUGCAAUCGCUUCUAUUUUGUUUGUAGUCUUUAUUGAUAAUACUUACCAAUGGAUAAACAAAAAAAUUAUUGCUUCCAUCAUUUUAGGACUGAUUUAUGGCUAUUUUAAGUUAAAGUCCGUUAACAAGAGAGCAAAAAAGUUUUUUGAUCAAAAGAAAAACUAUGCAUUAGUUAUUGCUCAUCCAGAUGAUGAAGUGAUGUUUUUCUCACCAACUAUAUUAUCACUUUGUCAACAUGUUAAUUUAUUUAUUGUUUGUGUAACCAAGGGAAACUACUAUGGCCUAGGAAAAAUCAGAAAAGCUGAAUUAUAUGAAAGUUGUUAUUAUUUAGGUAUACCAAAAAAUAGAGUUUUAUUUUUGAAAGACAGAAAAUUUUUUGACCACCCUACUUUAAAGUGGGAUACAGUGUUACUAUCUGAAAAACUUCAAUUGUUACUUCAAACUUUUCAAAUAAACAGUGUUUUGACGUUCGGACCAAAUGGUGUUUCAGGACAUAUUAAUCACAUAGACUUGCACACUGCUGUAUGUUCUUUAAAUAGUUACCAAAUUUUGUAUUUAAAAGAUGUUAACAUUUUUAGAAAAUACACAAGUUGUUUAGACAUUGUUUACACUUAUUUUUCUCAACCUUCAAGUAAUCUAUUGUUUAUAAAUGAAAACAUGUCAAAAACAUUUUGGUCAUUAAGAAAGCACAAAAGUCAAUUUGUUUGGUUCCGAUUGCUGUAUAUUAUUUUUUCAAGAUAUGUUUUAGUAAAUGAUUGGAUUGUGUAUAAAGAAAUACAAAGUUAAUAUAA